AUGUCACGUGCAACAUUUCCAGCUCUAUUCAUUCCUCAAAAUGAUAAUGGUGUGAGAAAUGAGAAGGAAUUAGAAGCAGAAGGGGAGUCGCACAGAGGCAGAGACGCAGAGAAGAAAAGGGAAGGAAUGGAGUCUCCGUUCAAGGCAGAUAUUUUGAGAGGGAAGGUGGGUUUGAUCACUGGCGGAGGAUCCGGAAUCGGGUUUGAGCUGUCCACCCAGUUCGGCAAACACGGCGCCUCCGUCGCGAUCAUGGGUCGGCGGAAGUCCGUGCUCGACGCCGCCGUCUCCAGCCUCCGUUCCCUCGGAAUUCAAGCUGUGGGGUUCGAAGGGGAUGUUCGGAAGCCGGAAGAUGCAAGAAGAGUGGUGGAAUCAACUUUCCAACAUUUCGGCAGGAUUGACAUUCUUGUAAACGCUGCGGCUGGCAAUUUCCUUGCAUCGCCUGAGGACUUAUCCCCUAAUGGUUUUCGAACAGUUAUGGAUAUUGAUGCUGUGGGAACUUUUACAAUGUGCCAUGCGGCGCUCAAGUAUCUGAUGAAAGGAGGGCUUGGCCGAGGUUCAUCUGAAGGUGGUGGAUCAAUCAUAAACAUUAGUGCUACUUUGCACUACACGGCAGCUUGGUAUCAAAUCCAUGUAUCUGCAGCCAAGGCAGCAGUGGAUGCCCUCGCCAGAAACUUAGCACUCGAGUGGGGCACAGAUUACGAUAUCAGAGUGAAUGGAAUAGCUCCAGGGCCCAUUGCCGAUACUCCUGGGAUGAGCAAACUUGCACCAGAUGAGAUCAACAGCAAGGCACGAGACUAUAUGCCCUUGUUUAAGCUUGGGGAGAAAUGGGAUAUUGCAAUGGCUGCUCUCUACCUUGUCUCUGAUGCUGGUUCGUUUUGUUACUGUUAUCUGGUGCAGAUUGCCGAUUUAGGCUACUUCUUGAGAAUGUAACUUAUGAUCUGCUUUGUGUUGUAGGGAAAUUCGUGAAUGGAACAAUGAUUCCAGUGGAUGGUGGACUAUGGCUAAGCAAGCCUCGCCAUCUACAAAAAGAUGCAGUGAGGCAGCUUUCUCGAGCUGUGGAGAAGCGUUCUAGGGACAAACCUGUUGGCGUUCCUUCCAGCAAGCUUUAAGAUUCUAAUUUGUACCAAAAGGUCGUAUUGGCAUAUAAACACUCAAAUAUAUUGCAAUCCAAUUUAAGCUGUUGGUUUUCAAAUUUCAAAGUAGCAUUCUCAAGACAGUACAAUCCUGCCAGUUUAUCUGCUAUAAAUAAACUGUAAAACUAGUUGCUUUGUAAUAUUCUCCCAUACAUUCUUCAAUUCAAUUACAAGAAAAACUAGUUGCUUUGUAAUAUU